AAUUAAAUGUGGAAGGAUAUCAAGUGGAAAAAGAGAUUGAAAUCGAAAAUCAAAUCAGUCCAAGUGAAAAAAUUCCAUAAGGCGAAAGCAAAAGUUGGUAAAUAAGUUCUGAUUGGAUUAAAAUGUGGAAGUGAAAACAUUGACCGUGAAAUUCAAAUACUUAGUUUAUCCCGAAACAAAAAUUGAAAAUAGCUUUGCAAAUCAAAGGUCGUGAUUAAUAAGUGUACAAAUGCAAAGUGACAACAACAAAAUUAAGGUUACAAUUGGUGCUUAAUUAGGUUUCGAGAGAUUCCCGAGACUUCGUUUCCAAUUAAAAAAGUGACGAACUAGUGAACAACCGAACGCAAAGCUACGUAGAGUAGGUGGAUAGACAUAUCAGACGUGUACUUAAAUACAUAAAUUUGUCGAUAUGUAUUUUACCAUUGCUAGUGCUUUAGAAGUUAUCACAUUGGAGUUAAAAAGGAAUCAUAACUCCAAUAACUAUGUACAUACAUCAAUACAGCAUACGAAAAAUCUGUGAAUAUAAAUAUAAAACGAAUAAAGUGGUAUGUAAAGCGAUAAACCCAAACAAAUCUAACGAAUUUCUAUAUAAAAAUAUUAAAAACAAAUAAUAUAUAAAUACAAAUAUUUGAAAUUAGUCAAAAUAACCAAUUGUCGAUUGUUUUGCGCAAGUGCUUAUCUGCAUAUUAUUCAGUAUUCCUGAAUUCUUUGAAUAACAAUUUAUAAAAGUGCUGGCCUUUACACAAACGCGUAUUUUCGGUCUCAACUAAAAAAAUAAACAAACAAAUAACUCACAAGUUCAACUAUAAAAAUUUAUUUUUAUAAAAACAAAAUAAACAAUAAUUUUCGGAAAACGAUAAUGUAAUACCAAAACUUGGAAAUUGUAAAGACUCAUCACAAUGACUAGUCCAGAGGAUAGAAUAACAAACCAUGAUAUUGCGCGUGAAGCCGGAAAUGAUGAACAUUUGCAUAUAACAUCGGGAACAAUUUCACUUGAAUACAAGCCAAUGCAACCGAACGCAACCGAUUUAGAUCAACAGAUAUUGGAGCUGAAAAAGAAGCAGGAAUUACAGAAACAAAUGCUUCUCCAUACAUUUCAUGAACAGACGAAGGAGCUGGAAUUGCGACACAAAAUGCAGUUGGAGCAAAAGUACCAGUAUGCGGUGCAUUCACAUGGCGCUUUCCAGGAACUACGAGAACAAAGACUUUCCGCCGCCGCCGAGGAGCAGCAGCAACGCGAGCGGCGUGAGCGUGAGGUAAUUAAGCGUAAGGAAAACUGCAGUGCCAACGCCAGUCCCGAAGUCAAACAAAUUUUAAAUAACUUUCUAAUUAACCGCAAACAGGCGGCUUCCUCCAAUGGCAUAACGACGACGUCACCUUACAGAAAUAGCAGAGGUGUAGUGAAAAGCUCGUCCGGUGAAUCGUUGCCAGCCGGUUCUCUAACCAGUUCACAUCCAUAUAAAAUACCGCAACCCCCAUCAUCAUUUCUGAAAUAUGAAUCUGAUUUUCCUCUACGAAAAACAGCAUCCGAACCAAAUUUGCUGAAGCUACGUCUAAAGCAAAGCGUUAUUGAGCGCAAGCAGCGUAUCAGUGGUCCAGCUGUGCUACGUCGGCAUGAGCGCAUAUUGCAGCGAAGACAGCAGAAGCAAAAUUCCGCUUUAACAAAUUGCAGCAGCACACCGGAUUCGGGUCCGAAUUCACCUCCAUCGUCCACACUCUCCGCCGGUGUGGUGGGCAGUCGUGGCUCACCGACUAGUGCACCGAUUCAAGAGGAGAACGAAGAGAGUGGCCCAUAUCAGCCAGGUCAGCGUAGCAGCAUAAAUGAUCUCUCGCUCUUCAGUUCACCAUCCAUGCCGAAUAUACCGCUUGGCGGUCCACAUUUGGCCAGUCAUGCACAUGCUCAAGCGAAUGUCAGCAACUAUAAUAUGCUGGCUGCACUGCGGCAACAUGUACCAACUUUGGCGGCGCCUACAUACUACAGUCCGUUGGCGAUACCGUUCGCACGUCAUCAGCCACACCCGCCGCCGCCGCCGCAACAGUCGCAUGCCACAUCGAUAGCUGUCGCUGCAGCUAGUGGUGUGCUGCCACCGACGCCCUCGCCAGUAGUGCGCUCGGCAUCGGCAACGUCCACCUCAUCGUCGCAAGCCUCUUUGGCCAGUGAUGUGUUACCACCUAUGGCACACGCCGCUUCAACACUUUUACCGGCUGGUAGCGCUGGCGCACACAAUCACAACGUGUUGGGCUCUGGUACUUUACACCCCGUCACACCAAUGGUUGGUGUUUCACCCUCGAUGUACGGUCAGCCCAUAACCGAUGCCCAAGUGGCUCAUGCCCACCUCAAUAAGCAAGGUCACCGCCCGUUGGGACGUACUCAAUCAGCUCCGCUACCGUUGGGUCAUCCAAUGUUAACCGGCACCGGUCAGAUAGGCGUUGGACAGACGCACUACGAAAACAGUGAUGCGGAACAGCAGGCGCAUAUGUUGGUCACACAAAAGAUACGGCAAACAUUGAUCAACCGCAGCAGUGCCAAUCGCGAACCCCAACUCAAGGAGGAAGAAGAUGCGGCUGAAGUAAUUGAUCUGACGGACAAAAAGAAGCCACCAAAGACCGUCAUCACUAGUAUUGUACCCACGAGUACUUCACAAAAUCUGCCAGAGACCACCAAUAUACCACUCGGGGCCUGCAUGCCCAAUACACCGAGCAAGUUGCGCGAUCAGGAGUACCUGCAACAGCAAAGGGAGCUGUUAUACAGACAAGCUUUGCAGAUGGAUGAUUCAAUAGCUCGUGGUUUAAUACGUCCACUAUCACGCACGUUAUCUAGUCCACUGGUGCAUAUGGGUCCGAAUGGUAUCAGCCAACUGCCAGAUACCGGCCAAUAUGCGCCACCAAUCAUAACAUCCUCAUCAGCCGAUCAUAUACCGCCAGUUAAUCUCACAGUCCCCCAUCGACGUCGAGUGCUCGAGCAUGCGCCAACUGGAAUGGCCGCAUCGAGCGCCUUCUCCUCUUUACCUGCCAUACAGCCGGCCAUUGCGAUUGCUGGUGCCACCUGUGGCAAACUGACAAACGAGUUUGCAACGCACAAAACAACCACUGGUCUCGCCUAUGAUAAUCUGAUGCAGAAACAUGCCUGCACUUGUGGUGAUAAUUCCGUACAUCCGGAGCACAGCGGUCGUUUGCAGAGCAUAUGGGCGCGUCUAAUCGAAACCGAUCUGGCCAAGCGUUGCGAUCGUCUGCGUUCGCGUAAAGCUACGCUGGAGGAACUGCAAACGGUACACACCGAAGCACACACAAUGCUCUUCGCUUCGAGUUCGUGUCAAUUGAAUCGACAAAAGUUGGACAGUCCGCCGGCGUUGGGCUUUGUGCGUCUCUCCUGCGGUGGUUACGGUGUGGAUUUGGAUACCACUUGGAAUAAGGAUCACACUGCCGCUGCUGCACGCAUGGCGGCGGGGUGUGUCAUCGAUUUGGCUUUUAAAACGGCCAAAGGCGAUAUUAAGAACGGUUUUGCGGUUGUGCGACCACCGGGCCACCAUGCUGAAGCCAAUUUGGCUAUGGGCUUUUGUUUCUUCAAUUCGAUUGCGAUUGCCGCGAAAUUGCUGCGUCAACGCGUGCCAGAAAUGAAGCGUGUGCUUAUCGUGGAUUGGGAUGUGCAUCAUGGCAAUGGCACACAACAGGCAUUCUAUGAUAAUCCCGAUGUGCUGUACUUGUCCAUACACAGGCAUGACGAUGGUAACUUUUUCCCCGGCACUGGUGGCUCCACUGAGUGCGGUGUUGGCGCCGGCGCUGGUUUUAAUGUGAACAUCUCCUGGUCGGGUUCUUUGGAUCCACCACUGGGCGAUGCCGAAUACAUUGCUGCAUUCCGUACAAUUGUGAUGCCAAUCGCAAAGUGUUUUAAUCCAGAUAUUAUUUUGGUGUCGGCUGGUUUCGACGCAGCUGCUGGUCAUCCACCACCGUUAGGCGGUUACUUGGUGUCGCCCGCUUGCUUUGGCCUAAUGACGCGUGAACUAAUGCAAUUGGCCGAUGGCAAAGUGGUGUUGGCGCUGGAGGGUGGCUACGAUUUACCCGCCAUUUGUGAUUCUGCGCAGGAAUGUGUACGCGCGCUGCUCGGCGAUCCAUUAUCUGCGAUCGCGGAAAGUGAGCUGAAUAGGCCGCCUUGUCAGAAUGCUAUAGACACGCUGCAGAAGACGAUUGCAAUACAGUCACAACAUUGGCCAUGUGUACGCCGUUUGGCCCAUACAGUCGGUUUAUCUGCACUGGACGCACUGAAAAUUGAACACGAUGAAUCGGAAACCAUUACGGCCAUGGCGGGACUCUCUAUGCAAUCGAUAAACAGAACUUUAUCACGCGAUGACUCAGAGGAACCAAUGGAUCAAGAUGAAGCCAAAUAAUUUUAUAACGUGGAGCUCGAACGUCUUUAGACUUGAUUGACUUGCACACUUGCACUUAAUGUUGCUAUUGUUGCAAUAUUUUAUUACAUAAUCCGCCGUUAACUGGCAUAUACAUAUAUGCAAUAGCAAAGCGGACAACGGAUUUGGGCUCGCAGACGUCUGUGGGGACCCAUUUAUUGUCUUUGGGAAGUGUAGAAUGCUGUUUCGGUUUCAUGAUUGCUAUUUUUUUGAUCGAUUCCCACUUGACUCAUGUGCUGAGGUUAUGUUGCCAACAACAACAGCAACAAUUCAACGCGCUGUAGGGAAUUCCGUCACAGCAUUUAUGUGUAGCAGUUGUAUUUGUUGGGCGUUUGAUAUUAAGUGGAGGCAACAACUCCCGCCCAAGUUCUACGUUCAUUACAAAGCCUAUGAAAAUGGUGAAAGAAAACAAAAACAAAAGCUUUUCUAGGCAUAUAUGUAGUAGUAAAAGUGAAAACGUAUGUAUAUUAGAUAUACGUUGGAAUAUAUUUUAAAUAUAAACGCGUACAUACAUAUGUACAACAUGUAACACUUAACAAAGUAUUUGUAUAUACAUAUAUAUAAAUAUAUAUUUAUAUUAAAUUAAUUUAUGUGUGAAAGUACAUAUAUGAAAUAUGUAUGCUUUUUGAUAUUCAAUACUAAUAUGAUGUAAGAACAUAGAGAGAGAGCGAGCGAAGAGUUUCUUAAAUGUUGAUUUAAUGUUAAUAAGCUAAAGUUAGUAAAAAGAAUUUUUAAUGUAAAUGUAUGUAUGUAAGGUAAACUGUAGUAGUUCAUUUUUCAUUAGCAACAAUUUUUAAUUCUUUUUUAUCACACUUUAAGGGCAUCAAACCAACAAACAAACAAACAAACAUACAAAAAAAUAAGAAUAUAUAUUUUUUUAAAGAAAAACAUCUAUGUGAUAAAGAAAGAACGAAUGAAACGAGAGCCAAAUUCUUAAUGAAUCUAAUAAAAUUAAUAAUGAGUCCAAGCGCAAAUGUCAUUGACUAACCACCGCCUCUCACAGCAGACGAUAAAAUAAAGCGCAUUUACAUAAAUCACUGCAAUUGGUCUAACCCACAGAUUUACCUAAAAACUCACAUUUAGUUUUAAACAUUUCAAUUGUGAAAUAAAACUAUAUUUUUUUAAUUUUAAUUUUAUAAUAUAAAAUACGUUAAUUAUUACUACCAAAACUGAAUAAAAUAACUAUACACUAUACUAUAUAUACAUAUAUAUAUUAUAUAAAUAUAUAUUAAUGUUAAAUAUGUUGUUGCACGUUCAAUGCAAUUGAAUGUGUUCACAUGAGCUAAUUGUAUGUUAUUAUUAUUAUUAUAAUUAUUAUUAAUAUUAUUAUUAUAUGUAUAUGUAUUUAAAUGUAAUUAGCUGUAAGUGAGAAUUUUUAAUAUACACAUACAUACAUAUACGUGUGCUUAUGCGUGUGUGUGUAUACAAUAUGGAAUAUUGUAUGCAUAUAUUAUAUAUUGAGCAUAUAGAUACAUAAUUGAGCAUUGUUUUAUUGCAACCCAUGCUAUUUUUCACGCUUCAAACAAGAAAACCCACUGCAAGUUCAUGUACGCACAUAAUUGAUUUUGAACGAAAGAGAAAUGUCGUUUCAUGCAAAUGAAAGUUUUUGGUUGAUUUAAGAAAGAAACGUAAAUUAAAGACAGAUUAGAUUUGGAAAAAGUAGAAAAUAGUGGCUGAAAGCCAUUAAAAAUUUAAAAUUAAUAUAAAUUAAUGUUUUUGUGUGGAAUAAUUGUUUCUAAAAUUACUUGAGAUAUUUUGGUUUACAAACAAAACUAUAAUGAAUUCCCCAAAAAAAUUAAAAUGAUUUUUUUUUAAUUUUAAGUUUUCUUUUAGCAAUCAGUCAAGUACUGUGUUUCGUUUUGAGCAACUUUGUGGUAUUAAAAAAUAUUAUUUUCCCUUAUUUUUGAUAUAUUUGAAAAUAUUUUAGUUUCCAAAUUACUUUUUUCAUUAUCGGUUUUUGAUUCCAAAGUUUUUUAUUUCGUUGCUUCUCAAAAUGAUUUGUUGUCUUAUAUGUAAUUGAUGAUUUGUAAUCUUAAAUAUUUUUAUUUUCUCUCUUAAAUUUUCAUUUGUAAGAAACGAACUAAUUCUCUCACCAAAUUUCAUGUGCUUUUACACACACACACUCAAUGGUAAAUGUUAGUAAUAUUGAAAGUGGCGUGCGCGACAUUUCCUUGUUGACUUGGUGCAUACUUUGUAUACGCUUCAAAUAGUAGUAAACUACAUAAAUAUAUAUAAAAAAAACAGAAAACAAAAACAAAAACAAAGCAAGCAACAAAUGUACAAAACUGCUGGUGUGCAUCCAGCAAUGAAUUAAAAUACAGUAAAUCACAAGAAAAUUAUGUGACAUGUCACUUGUUAUGAAAGCAAAAACUAGAAACUCAAGCAAAAAGGAAAAUAAAAAUAAAAAGAAAUAAAA